AUUUAAAUGUUUAUUUUUUUUCAUUAAUGAUAUAGAAGUUGCUGAUUCAUGUGAUUUCGUUUCUCUCUCUAUAUAUAUUUUAGGGAUCCUUCUUCCUUAAUCCCUCGAUUUUUCUUUUUUCGAUUCUAUCUCUAUCAAGUUGCAUAUUGUCUAGGGUUUGAUCAUCCGCCGGGAAAAACUAUACUAUGAGUUCAUCGGCUUCGACCAAGGGCGGCAGAGGGAAACCAAAGGCCACGAAGUCUGUUUCGCGGUCUCAGAAGGCUGGUCUUCAGUUUCCCGUCGGUCGUAUUGCGAGGUUUCUUAAGGCCGGUAAGUAUGCGGAGCGCGUUGGCGCCGGUGCUCCCGUCUACCUCUCCGCUGUCCUUGAAUAUCUGGCUGCCGAGGUGCUUGAGCUUGCAGGCAAUGCUGCCAGGGACAACAAGAAGAACCGUAUUGUUCCGAGGCACAUACAGCUCGCAGUCCGUAACGACGAAGAGCUAAGCAAGCUUUUGGGUGAUGUGACCAUUGCAAAUGGUGGAGUGUUGCCGAAUAUCCAUCAAAAUCUCUUGCCUAAGAAAGCCGGGUCGGGUAAAGGCGACAUUGGAUCUGCAUCUCAAGAGUUCUAAAGGUGUUUGAUCAUCUGCAAAUUUUGAUAUGCGAGGUAUUUAAGAGUGAAAACUGUUGUGGUUUCUUUGCUUUGGUUUGGAAUCUAUUUGGUUAUUGUGAACCACAAGACUGGAUCUCUUUAAUUUGACAUCUGAUUGAAACCAUAUUGUGUUUUGUCCC